AUGACCAUGGGCCCGCAUUCGCCUUCGAGACGCGCUUCGUGCUCGCGCUUGUACGGGUCACUAGUAAUUUUUUGUAAUCACUUUAGUGCAGAGGCUGUUAAGGGAUUAGGUACCAAUAGUUCCCACGGACUUCGAGGGGCUUCGAGCCUCUAUUCAGGAGUCCAAGGGUCGCCUAGUGUCUCUGUAA